AGUAAAUAACACAAAUUAAUGAGAGUUAAUAGCAUAUACGAUGACAUAAAACCCCUUUUAAUUAUGUCCAAAAUUUUUGGCAAGACUAAUCUCAACAUUGCAUCUUAUGGCAAACUUAAGUUUGAAUGGGGCAUUCACUGUAUAUGGCCUUUUUUCUUAUUCGGAAUAAACCUAAAUAUGGCAAUUUGGACUUUAACGAAAAAUAACUCUGCUUUAACAUGGUUUUGGUCUUGUGACAACACUUUUCGAGAAUUAAGUCGUUUGUUAAGUACUCUAUAUGCAGAUAUAAGAACACCAAACAUUAUAGCCAAUAUAUAUACUUUUGACAUGGAGCACGGUCGUCCACUUAACCGUAAAAUUGGUCCGAGAUAUUUUUUUAUUGCUUAUGUACUAUUAACACUGUUAAUUCUUACUGCCGUUGUAAUUGAUAUAUUUACAUUUGGAUUAUCUAUAAGAGAUAUCACUGAAUCCAUGAACAGGUACUCGACAUCAAUAUUUCCUUUGUUGUAUUUAUUUUUAUGUGAUGAAAUAUGUAAACGUUUUCGAUCAUUACAAAUUCGAUGGCAAUCUGAAAUAGUACAGAUUAUUGAAGUAGAUCGCAGAGCUAUUACAUGUCAAGUCUUGGAGUCGGAGCGAUUAGCACAUGCAAAACUUUGCGACAUUGUUGAUGAUAUCCGUACUACUUUUGGACCGCGAAUUACUACAUACUUAUUGUUUGUAUUCAUCGAUCAUUUGGCUCGCUUUUAUUUUAUAGCUUAUGUUAAAACUGCGUUUGAAAAUUCUCAUCCAAAUGUCAAAUCUAUAAUAACAAAAGAUUUGGAUCCUUAUUUAUUUAUAGCGCAUACUUGGACUGGCACUUAUCUGAUCGCAUAUAUGUCUGACUUACUAACUGAAUCAAGUAAGUCAAUCAUGAUAGACCUUAGAAGUAUACCACUGUGGAAAUUACCAAAAUCUUGUUCUGAACAGGUUUGUUUUUUUAUAUCACAAGUGCAAAACUCUAAUACAGAAAUGACUGCGUCUGGUCUAUUUGUGUUAAACAAAACACUAUUAUCAUCAGUGUUUCUAGGAACACAAAUUAUGAUCCUGUUCUUAAAUGCUCAAGCAACUAACCAACAAACUUUAUGGUUUUGGUUUUCUGAUAAUUCAUUAAGGGAAUCUUGCAACUACUUGACAACAUUAUACUCAGAUUUACAAUCACCAGGCAUUUUAGCCAAUAUUUAUAGAUUUGAUAUGACACACGGCCGUCCUUUAAAAUACUGUAGAAGCACGAGAUAUUUUAUGGUAGCCUAUGUAACACUAACAUUAGGAUUAUUAUCCUUCAUCAUAUUAGAUAUUUGUGCUAGUGGGUUUUCGUUCGAAAAUGUUGGAGAAUCAAUCAACAGAUAUUCAACAUCAAUAUUUCCCUUAAUGUAUCUCUUCUUCUGUGAUGAAAUAUGUAAACGGUUUCAAUCAUUAAGAAGGCGAUGGCAAUAUGAGAUAACUAAAAUUAUAGAAAUACAACCAAAAAUGUUGUCGAGUCAUACCGUGGAGUUUGAGCGAUUAGCUCAUGCAAAACUUUGUGAUAUUGUUAAUGAUAUCUGCAUUGCAUUUGGACCUAGAAUAAUAAUAUAUUUAUUUUUUGUGUUUUUUGAUCACUUAAAUAGAUUUUAUUUUCAUAUUUUUGUUAGGCCAGCAUUUCUUGCUUCUCAUCCACAUAUUUCUUCUAACUUUUUAAAAGAACUUGAACCAUACUUAUUUUUAGCGCACACUUGGACUGGUACAUACUUUAUAGCAAAUAUGUCAGACUCACUUACUAAAUCAAGUAAAUUAAUAAUAACAGACUUAAGAAAAGUUCAGUUAUGGAAGUUAUCUAAAUCUAGUUCAGAACAGAUAAAAUUUUUUAUGUCUCAAGUCCAUAAAUCAAUAACAAGAGUAACAGCAUCUGGUUUAUUUCUUGUUAACAGAACACUUUUGACAUCUAUUGUAAUGUCAUUAGCCACAUAUACCAUUGUAGUAAUACAAAUAUCACCCAUUUUGAAUCGUAUUUUUAUACCAAAAACAUGAAUAAGAAGUUGAACAUUUUUUUAUAAAUAAAAUGUUGUUUUUGAAACCAGUGUUUAAAUUUUAAUGUACAGCAGCUAAGUCGCCAUUCAUAGAAUUUAAUAGACUUUGAUAGCACCUAACUUUUUUAGGUUUUAAAAUAAAAUGUAUUUAUGCUUAUAAUAUAUAUAUA